AUGGAGGAAAGUGGUGACGGUUUUAACUGUCGAGUCAACUGGACACACCUUGAGAGUCUUAUUCAGAACAAAGUGGACCAGCGACUAAAGGACUUGAAAUUGCAUCUCGAAUCACGUGUCGAUGAACGAGAAUUCGAAAGCCACUCCAGACAGACGAAACGAUCUCGUCAUAAUUUUCACGAAUUAAGGAAAGAAAAGCUGAAGGCUCUUGAAUUUCGGAUGCUGAAGUUGUCCAAAGAUCUAGAGCAUACAAAACUAAGCGUCAGUAAGCAGACAGAGGCACUGGAACUUUCCAUUCUACUCUCUCGAUCCCAUGAAACAACAGCCAAGGACAUCAGCUCGAAGCAGACUAGGCUGGAAAAUGCGGUGACGAGUUUAGCUGACAGAGUCGCCAAGUUAGUAAAGUUGUUAAAACAGAAGCAUGGAAAAGUGCUGGGAAAUAUGACACCAGUGGAGAAGUCAAGCAAGGCGAAUGACGCUCAAGUUGUUACGUACCCAAAGGAUUGCAGUGAAGUUUAUCGUGACAUGAGUAAGUUGUUUCAUGGAGAUUUCCACAUCACAGUUAAACCCAAGGGAGCACGCGAGCCGUUCACAGCUUUGUGCAAAGUUUUCAACAACACAGCUUGGACUGUUAUACAGAGGCGAUAUAACGGCUCAGAGGACUUUUACCGCACUUGGUCUGAAUACAAGUCAGGAUUUGGGGUGCCAGAGAGUGAAUUCUGGAUUGGCAAUGACAACAUCUAUCAUCUGACAAAAAAUGGCCAAAUGUCAUUACGGAUUGAACUGGAGGAUUGGGAAGGGGUCAAGUACCAUGCGGAUUACGACCACUUCAGUAUCGGAAACGAGGACAAGCUCUUUCGGCUUCACGUGAGCGGGUACCAUGGCAACGCAGGAGACUCGCUGACCUCCACGUGGGAGAGUCACGACGGGCAGCCCUUCAGUACGCAUGACCGGGAUAACGACGCUCGUUUCCAUGACAACUGCUCCGAGCACUAUCAUGGCGCCUGGUGGUUCACAAGUUGUUUCACGAGUCACUUGAACGGAAAAUAUAUGCAGAAAGAGAACCACAAGCACUAUUUUGUGCGAAAUGGCAUUCGCUGGAAUACCCUCCACGUAUAUGCUUCUUUAAAGUCAACUGUUAUGAUGGUUGCACCAAGAGAAGAGGGAGAAUUAUGA